AUGGAUUCAACAUCAACAACAUGUUCAUUAUAUCAUAUUUGCCGUUCAGUUUUGGAUAGAUUAUCAGCUGUGGAAGGAAUGGCAAAUUUUCUUGAUUGUCAAGAUACCACUACUGAUCCAUUAUCAAAAUUAACUUUUAUAUGUCGUCAGGGGUUCCCAUUAUGUACCUUAUAUAAUGCGCUAAAACCUGUUAAACCACUUAGUGUAGAAAGUGAUCCAAAUUUAAAUGCUCGUAAUUCUUGCAAAGCAAACGUAUAUCAUUUUAUUGUGGCUUGUCGUCAAGAAUUAUUAUUUCCAGAAGAAGAUAUGUUUACAAUUUCUGAUCUUUAUCAAGAUGAUACAAAUGGUUUUGUUAAAGUUGUCAAUACGAUUAACAAAGUAUUGCAGUUAUUAGAAGAUCGUGGAAUCAUCAUUGUACGUUCCUCUAACAGAAAUUCUGAUCCAAAUGCUCCUAAAAAUACAAGGGACAAAGUCGUUUUGGAAUUAUUAGAAACAGAACGUAAAUACGUUCAAGAUAUGGAAAUUCUUCAGAAUUAUAUGCGUGAAUUACAAAUUCAAAAAAUUGUUUCACCUGAUACAAUUCAUUACUUGUUUGGUAAUUUAAAUGCCCUGGUUGAUUUCCAACGUCGAUUUUUGAUUCAACUUGAAGAAUUGGCUGAAAAAUCACCUGAAGAACAACGUAUUGGCUUAUUAUUUAUUCAAAUGGAAGAUUCAUUUUCUGUCUAUGAACCUUAUUGUGCAAAUUAUUAUUCUGCUCAAGAUUUAGUUGUACAGGAAACUCCUCGUUUACAAAAACUGGCCGAUAUUUUAAACCCGACUUAUCAAUUACCUUCCAUGUUAAUUAAGCCCGUUCAACGUAUUUGUAAAUAUCCUCUUUUGUUACAGGAACUUGUUAAAAGUACUGAUAAAUCCUGGCCUUAUUAUCAUGAAACUUUACAAAGUGUUGAAGCUAUCAAGAGGGUCACUGAAAAAGUAAAUGAAACCCAACGUCAACAUGAAAAUAGCCAAGCUGUAGAAGAACUUAAAAAACGUCUUGAUGAUUGGAAACAAAUAACCAUUGAUGGUUAUGGUAAUCUCAUGCUGCAAGAUAAACUCUUUGUUUCUACUCAUUCUACUGAUAAUAAUGAACGUGAAUUGCAUGUCUUCCUUUUCGAAAAGGCUCUUUUACUCUGUAAAGAGUCAAAAGGGAAUAAUCUUUUACCUAAAACGAAUUCAUUAUCUAUCAAUAAAAAGAAGCGACGUGGUAGUCUUGUGCCUAAAAUCAUCGUACAAACGUCUUGUAUAACAGAUAUGAAGAGUCGUAGUAAAAAUCUUAUUUGGUCUCUUCAAAUGGAUUUGAAAGGCAAUGAGCUUGAACAAAUGUAUUUCAAAUUUAGAAAUGAAGAACAAUUAAAGCUUUGGUCCUCUACUUUAACGAAAGCUAUAAAGAAGGCUAUUUCUGAUAGGAUACCGUCUCAAGAGAUUGCCUCUACUCAAUUAACGUCUCAAUAUACUGACUAUGAUGAAGAUGAUGAUGAUGAGAACGAAACUGACUUCAUUGAUGAUGAAGAUGAAGAAGAAGAUUACAUUCAACAAAGAUCUCGUAGUAGCUCAAUGCAUUAUUAUCAACAACAAACAAACCUCACUCGUAGUUCUACUCAAGAUUUUAAAUAUACAAAUACAACGGGUCGACCUUAUCAAAAUAUACCUGGUAUGAAUCUUUCUCCUUUACCUCGAUCUAACUCAAGUUUAACCACACAUAGUAGUAGUAGUAAUAGUAGCACUACUACUACUACCACCACUACUACUACUAUCACCACUUCCCCUGUUAAAAUGAAUUAUCCUUAUUAUCCUGCUUCACCACCUCCCUCCCAUCCUUCAUCUCCCACUAGUUCUUCUCGUGUUUCAAGUACAAGCACAAGUUCAUCCACUUGGCAUCGUCUGGAUAAUCACACUUUACCAGAUAUGACAACCCACUUACUAACAGGUGAAGAUAUACAUCAACAUCUUAUUCAAAAACAGCAGCAAUAUUCCCUUUUGGCUACUGGUCGUUCGCAAUCUCAAUCAGCUGCUAUCGAAAGGUCUUCGAUUUAUGUAAAUCAAAAUAGACAUCGUUCUCAAAGUAGCCCCAGCAUCACAAAGAACUUUCAAUAUAAUGUACCUAUAUUGACUUCUGCAUCCACUACUACUACUAUUAAAAAUAGUAAUGAAUCUAUACCUCAGUUACCUACUCGUACUGCUACAAAGCCUACUCCACUCAAUUUAUCACAUUCAUAUUCCUCUUCUCAACCGAUAGCAUCAUCAGAACCCAUAGUCCGUAAUAUGGCAUCUCCUUCUUAUCUAACUGAUCUUGCUCCACCUUCACCUGGCACUGUAAAAGUCAAACUUAACUUUAAUGACGGUAUCUAUGUAAUUGUAACAAAUUAUGAAGUUACCUUCUUUGAAUUAAUGGAGAAGGUAGACAAAAAGAUUCGUUUGAUUGCCAAUCUUAAACAAAAAGACAUAUUAAGACUGAAAUAUCAAGAUGAAGAUGGUGACUUUAUUACUAUCAAUUCAGAUGAUGAUGUUCAAAUGGCCUUUGAAAGUCGUGGUAUUCAUAAUACUGUCAACCUAUUUAUAACCUUUUAA